UCAGGAAAACAGGUUCCGUAACUUCCUCGAUUGAGUUGAGAAAUGCUGUGCUUCUAAUCGUAGGAUUUGGUCUGAUUUCCAUGAUCAUUGCAGCAGUAUUCAGAUAUGUAAGAAAGACUAUUUUUCACGAUAAGGCUAACCUGGAUACUACCUUCGAUGCGGGUGGUAAAGUGUCUAUUGGGCUAACUGCAACGACGCUUGUGUCUCAAAUGACGUGGGCAGCCAGCAUUUUGCAAUCUGUCACCGUAGCGGUUCAGUAUGGCAUUAGUGGAGCGUUUUGGUAUGGCGCAUCCGCCAUGUGUGUUAUAUUCCUCUUUGCAAUUUUGUCCAUACAUCUUAAAACGAAGUCACCGGGAGCAAAAACUUUUCUACAGGUUAUUCGCGUGCGAUUCGGAAAGGCAACUCAUAUCAUCUUCUGUGUCUUCGCUGGCCUUACGAAUGUUCUUGUUAUGUUGAUAUUGUUGUUAGCUGGCUCGGCUCUUCUCAAAGGUCUUAUUUUGGAUAUGUCCAUAGAACUUGCUUGCAUGCUCAUGGCUUUCGUGAUAGGCUCGUAUACUCUCAUCGGCGGUCUUGGCGCAACGUUCUACGUCUCUUACGUUAACACCACUCUUGUGUUUUGCUUCAUGAUUGUUUUGAUAAAGGAGGUAUUCUUAAAUGAUUCCCCGAGAGAGGAUGACUUGCCAAUUGGUAGCGCAGAUAAGAUGUUCACUCAUCUUAUAAACGCAACUGGUCCAGUUGGUAAUUACAAUGAAAGUUUUCUCACCAUGUUGUCAUCCGGGAGCCUUAUGUUUGGUAUUACUUCAGCAUUACUUGCAGUAGGGGUAAUUGUGUGCGACCAGUCUUACUGGCAAAGUAGCAUUGCGGCUAAACCUUCGCAUGGUGUUUGGGGAUUUGUAGCAGCUGGAUUGACGUGGUUUACAAUCCCAUUCGUUAUGGCCACGACGUUUGGUUUGGCAUACAUUGCUAUAGAAGAAGCCCAAGGAGAACCAUUAUUGCUAGAGACUGAUGUUUUUAGAGGUUUGGCACUUCCACGAGUGGCGCAGAUUUUACUAGGAACAACCGGAGAAUAUCUCACUUUCCUUAUGAUUCUCAUGGCAAUUAUGUCCACGGGAUCUGCAGAGGUGAUAGCAAUGUCAUCCCUGAUCGUAUAUGACAUCUAUCAGCCCUACAUUAACCCCUUUAGGAAAGAACUUGAUGCCUCAAGAUGCAUACUGUGUGGUAAAACGAAUUUUGCCUCCGAUAACUACAAUGAUCAACCCCCGGAUGAUGAUAAGCGCGACACGUGUAAAUGUCAGCCUGUCUUUCAAUGUUCAGAAUGCGCCAAUGAUAACGACUCACGUUCCAAUACAUCAAAACUAAACGAAAUUGUAGGAGUUCCGCCACCGUACACGUGCAAAGAGCAUGGUCACUAUCAUGAAUACCAGGACCAUCUCAUGACGUAUAAGAACUUUUGCAUUAUCUGGAUCACCAUCUGUACCAUACCGCUGGUCUUAUGCGCUGAUUGGCUCGGCCUUGACCUUGCUUGGGUGUUUGUAGCCAUCGGAAUACCAGUCAAUUGCGCCGCAAUACCUGUCAUUCUGAGUGUCACUUGGAGUAAGGUCACGUAUCAAGGCAUGAUAUCUGGUGUGGUAUGCGGCUGUGUUUUUGGCAUUUCUGUGUGGCUAAUAAUAGCGUCUACCUACGAUGGAGGCUUGGCCGAUUUUCUUAAGAACACGGGGAGGCAAAUACCAACGCUUGCUGGUAACGGUGUAUCAAUGCUGAUGGGUGGACUAGUAUGUAUCGUAGUGUCAAUUUUUACACUGAAUAGAGAAUCAUAUAACGAGGAACGAGUCUGGGGGAUAUUGCAAAACAUCGAAAACCCAUUGCACCCAUGGGCGAUGACUUAUACACAAGAGUUUGGUAAACCAAAAGGUGAAUCUGGUGUAUAUGAACGUCCGACCCAACAGGAACUGAGGAAACGAUACAGGAAGCCAUUCAUCAUCGUAACUGUGACUGCUAUAGGUCUCAGCAUAGGGUUCUUUAUCCUUUGGCCUGCUGUCAUGCUUCCCAUCAAAGUCAUGAACCAGGACCAAUUCCGUCAUUGGAUCAAUCUCACCCUUACUUGGGCCUUUAUUGCCGCCGCAUUCAUUAUCAUCGUCCCACUUGUACAAGAGAUACACUCGAUUGUUAACAAAGCAAGACAUAACAGAAAGAAAAAGGUGCCCCCAUUUAAAAUCAAACAUGACAUAGAAUCUCCAAGUUCUGCAUUUCUCCGUCAUUUUGAUUAAUUAUAGACAACCUCACCAUUGUCAUUUUAUAGCCAGAGCGUUCCAAAGCUACGAUUUUAAUCAAUUAUAGCACUUGAAUUUGUCUACAACGACAGCAAUAAUACACACAAUCAUGAGUGUGAAUUUUUAGUCGCUUUUUGUUAUUAAGUACACGUGCUUUUUGUUUCAUGUAUAUCACCCUUGGUAUACGCAGCUAACGA